AAAAAUAAUUCUAUGAAAACAUGUCUAUGAAUGCCAUCCAAGCACUCUAGCCUUCCUUUCAUCAACUUCACGUGUUUUCUAUCUCACGGUGAAGAGGUUAGCUCAAAAUGUCGAAGAGAGGACGUGGUGGUUCCGGAGGAGCCAAGUUCAGGAUUUCCUUGGCCCUGCCCGUAGGAGCUGUGAUCAAUUGUGCUGACAACACAGGAGCCAAAAAUCUAUAUGUUAUCGCUGUCCAAGGCACAGGCAGUAGGCUUAACCGCCUUCCAGCAGCUGCUGUUGGUGACAUGUUGGUAGCAACAGUAAAGAAGGGUAAACCAGAAUUGAGGAAGAAAGUAAUGCCUGCAGUAGUUAUCAGGCAGCGUAAACCUUUCCGUAGGAAGGAUGGAACAUUCAUAUAUUUCGAGGACAAUGCUGGUGUGAUUGUUAACAACAAAGGAGAAAUGAAAGGUUCUGCCAUCACUGGUCCAGUUGCUAAGGAAUGCGCAGAUUUAUGGCCCAAAAUUGCAUCAAACGCGGGAUCUAUAGCAUAGUUAUCUUGGAUACUUCUUAAAAUAAAAUAACAACAAUAA